CUGUAUGGACCACGAUCAGUAUACCCCGGUUCCGGAUAUGCUGCCUCAACAGCAGAGGCAAAUGCCCUUUCUCAAGGAUUAUAUGGAGCUAGCCAAGCACAAGCUGAGGCCGAGGCUAAUGCACGUUCAAAUGUUGGAAGCGUUGUUCCAUGGAUACCUGGAGUAGCCCCUUAUACAACUUUAGGAGCAAGUAAUGCUCAGGCCAGGGCCUUAGCUAAUGCUAUCGGAGGUGGACGGUUGGGUUAUUGGCCAACUACUGUUGGUAUUCCAAAUGUCGGAUCAAUCGCACAAGCUGAAGCAGAAGCUUUAGCCCAAUCGCAGACUGGUGGAGUGGGUAAUGCUUGGAGCUCUGCUGAAGCUAACGCCUUAGCUAAUUCUCUUGGGGUGGGUUACCCUGGUGUUGGACAAGCACAAUCACUGGCGCAAGCACAAGCGGACGCAUUAUCAACAGGAUAUGGAAUUGGUCAAAGUGCUGCAAAUGCGCAAGCUCUGGCGAAUUCAGCAGCUAAUUCCUAUUUACCGGGACUGUACGGACCACGAGGAGUAUACCCCACUUCUGGAUAUGCUUCCUCAGCAGCAGAGGCUAAUGCCCUAUCUCAAGGAUUAUUCGGAGCUAGCCAAGCACAAGCUGAGGCCGAGGCUAAUGCACGUUCAAAUGUUGGAAGCGUUGUUCCAUGGAUAACUGGAGUAGCCCCUUAUUCAACUUUAGGGGCAAGUAAUGCUCAGGCCAGGGCUUUAGCUAAUGCUAUUGGAGGUGGACGGUUGGGUUAUUGGCCAACUACUGUUGGUAUUCCAAAUGUCGGAUCAAUCGCACAAGCUGAAGCAGAAGCUUUAGCCCAAUCGCAGACUGGUGGAGUGGGUAAUGCUUGGAGUUCGGCUGAAGCUAACGCCUUAGCUAAUUCUCUUGGGGUGGGUUAUCCUGGUGUUGGACAAGCACAAUCACUGGCGCAAGCACAAGCGGACGCAUUAUCAACAGGAUAUGGAAAUGGUCUAGGUGCUGCAAAUGCUAGGGGUAGGGUGAUACCGCAACACGAGUACAUAAUGCCUCAUGAAAUACCAGGUGGUGAAAAUGCUAUUGUGUGUACAAGAGAAGGAGAGUUACAUCAUUUCUGGACCCCUGUCUUGGAUUGCCUCGUCUGCGCCUGUGUCAACCGACUUGGUUACGUAAGACCUGUCUGCGUCAGCUGUUCUCGAUGUGGUGUGACUGGACCUGUACCAGUGCCUAGAGUAUCAUGCGACCCCAUGCCCACGGAGGAACCUUUCGAAAACCCUACGAAUCCCUGUGAAAUAUGCGUUUGCCACGUAAUUGACGACGUAUUCGGGAAUUCCGAUACCAAAGUAGUAUGUCAGGAAAAUCCAGAGUGUAUUAAUCCAAUACAAGCCAGCCCACUGCCAGGACCCCGACCACACAACUCGUGCCGACCACAUGUACCAAACGUACCCUUCGCACACCCAUGGGACGGUUGCCAGGAGUGUGUCUGUACUGAAGUUUACGCCACAGGUGUUAUUAACGUCGAAGUGAACUGUUACACAAGGAGAGAAUGCUACCCCUUGAGGGUCACAAGGCAAUUGUUUCCUCUCCAACCGUUCCUGAUUGGCUGCAACGUGUACAUGUUCCAACUAGUUUACAACUACGUCAUAGCAAGGUGUAAUAGGCAUCCCGAUUGCGGUGCCGUUCCAUGGAAUAUCGGAGGUGCAAUCAGCAGUGCGGAUGCAUAUGCUAAUGCUCGAUCAAAUGCACUAAAUCCUUUCUAUCCUAUUUCUGGAGUUUCUCAAUCACUGGCUGAGGCACAGGCAAUCGCAAAUAGUAAUGUACGUGGGUUGGGAGCUCUAUCAGGUUUAGCCGAAGCGGAAGCACUGGCUAAAGCCAAUGCUAUUGGUAAUUCUGUAUACCCAACAGUUUUAAAUCCAUACUCUAAUAUGGCAGAAGCAGCAGCCGAAGCAGUUGCCAAUGCAAAUUCGGGAAUCAUGCCUGGCUAUGGACCUGCAUAUGUUCCCGGAUCGAGCGCGUCUGCAUUGGCUGAAGCCGAAGCUAUAAGCAGAGGGAACAUGCUACUUAAUCCAUUAUAUCCCGCUAUCCGACCCGGCUAUUCAAUGGGAUCAGCUGAGGCGAGGGCCUUAGCAAAUGCUAUGUCUGCCAAUAACGGAAUGGGAUCAGCUGAAGCACAAGCCUUAGCAAAUGCUAUUUCUACCAAUAAUCAGAUACUACCAAACAUUCUUCCUGGAUAUAUGCCCGGUUCAUCUGCAUCAGCACUAGCGGAAGCAGAAGCUAUUGCUAGAGGAAACACCGGAUAUUACCCAAUUUCACCUGUAAUGCCGGUAGGCUCUAGUUUAGCAGAAGCAGCAGCCGAAGCAGUUGCCAAUGCAAAUUCAGGAAUCAUGCCUGGCUAUGGACCUGCAUAUGUUCCUGGAUCGAGCGCGUCUGCAUUGGCUGAAGCUGAAGCUAUAAGCAGAGGGAACAUGCUACUUAAUCCAUUAUAUCCCGCUAUCCGACCCGGCUAUUCAAUGGGAUCAGCUGAAGCGAGGGCCUUAGCAAAUGCUAUGUCUGCCAAUAACGGAAUGGGAUCAGCUGAAGCACAAGCCUUAGCAAAUGCUAUUUCUACCAAUAAUCAGAUACUACCAAACAUUCUUCCUGGAUAUAUGCCCGGUUCAUCUGCAUCAGCACUAGCGGAAGCAGAAGCUAUUGCUAGAGGAAAUACCGGAUAUUACCCAAUUUCACCUGUAAUGCCGGUAGGCUCUAGUUUAGCAGAAGCAGCAGCCGAAGCAGUUGCCAAUGCAAAUUCAGGAAUCAUGCCUGGCUAUGGACCUGCAUAUGUUCCCGGAUCGAGCGCGUCUGCAUUGGCUGAAGCAGAAGCUAUAAGCAGAGGGAACAUGCUACUUAAUCCAUUAUAUCCCGCUAUCCGACCCGGCUAUUCAAUGGGAUCAGCUGAGGCGAGAGCCUUAGCAAAUGCUAUGUCUGCCAAUAACGGAAUGGGAUCAGCUGAAGCACAAGCCUUAGCAAAUGCUAUUUCUACCAAUAAUCAGAUACUACCAAACAUUCUUCCUGGAUAUAUGCCCGGUUCAUCUGCAUCAGCAUUAGCAGAAGCAGAAGCUAUUGCUAGAGGAAAUACCGGAUAUUACCCAGGAAUAAUGCAAUCUGGCUCCAUAGCUGACGCAAGAGCUAAUGCUAAUGCUAAUUCAGGAAUGGGCAUAUAUCCCAUGGCGUACCGACCAGGAUCCUCAGCAUCUGCUGAAGCUGAAGCUAUUGCCAAUUCAGGCGUGUAUUCUGAUGGCUUAAUGCCUUGGUCACCAUUAUCUCAAUCUGUAGCUCAAUCACAAGCGAUCGCAAACGCAGUUGGACAAAAUCUAGGUGGUGCGCAAAGCCUGGCCCAGGCCCAAGCCCAAGCUGACGCUAUGUCAGGAGGACCUUUAAUAAAAGCCGUAUCACAGUGCCAAGAGCAAGGACGAACUCCACACGAACAGGAGCAUAUAUAUGUGGACAAUGUAGCUGGGUUCGGAGACGCGGAGCACCGAGGUCCGGCGUGGUAUUCCAUGGGCUCACAGGAGUCACAGGGAUCAAAGAGUACAGCAUUUAGUAGUGAAGAGACCAGUUCAGAUUUCACGGAAUCAUUUGCAAGCAGUAAAUCAUCAGAGGCCUCUUCGAAAGAAACUUCGAAUGAAAAGAUAGCUACACGUGCUUAUCGCAAGUGCGAUCCGUGCCCACACGAUAUGCUGAAGAAAUACACUAACAAGGGCAUCAAAUGGAUCUGUGGAGGCUAUCAGCGAGCUCGGAGAACGUUUAAAAGCGAGUGUAUGAUGCGCUUCAGGAAUUGUCAGGACGGCACCAUGUUUAUAAAACUGUACAAUCAUCGAUGCAAGAACGAUAAUUAUCACGGACGCCAUUGGUUCUAUAUUUACAAAGUUUAG